CCAAAACCCAACUCAAUGGGCCGUGACUUUGUCCACGAUCCAUCUGGGAUGGCUUACACAGCUCCAGCAUAGUAUUUCCUAUAUCAGAUUUUCUUUCUCUUCAUCGUUUCCAUCUGCUAUUCUUGCAAUUGGACUCGUAGCGACGCUGUACUUCCCCAAAGUGGAGCGGUGAAACAAGUCGUCAUCGAUCAUGUCUGAACCGGAUCUCGUCAGUGGCUCGGUCGACAGCCCGAAUAGCUCUGAUGCCAUGCAGCGACAGGCUGCAAUUCUUCAUCGACACCUCCCAGAAGGCUACUCGGCUGAUGCAGAGGUUAGCUUGGCCAACGAACCCAUCGAAGUCGCCGUAGAGCCCAUUGCCGCUCCUGCGUCCGCCAGCCAAGAGCUUCUUUUCGACCCCCCAGAUGCGUCUGCAACGGAUCUUGCCACUUCCAGCAAUGAGCAGAAUGGACAAAAGGGGAGCAGCGAUGCAACGCCGACUCUGGAGACGCUGGAGUCGUCGCUGAAGCUCCAGGGUGGCGAUAUCCAUCGUGACAUGUUUAAGAUCAAGGCUCGAGCGAGCUCCAUCCGCCGGUCCAACACAUUCUCUCACCAUCCUUCGCCCCAUCUUGCUGGCGAGCUGACGGCCUCCGAACAGCUUGAGCCAGGCGGAUUCAGGCGGCAGCAUUUGCGUCGACGAGCUCGGCAAAGGCGGGAGAGCGGCCACGUUGUGGCUAACACAUUUGUGGAUUUCCUUGAUUUGUAUGGUAGCUUUGCGGGUGAAGCGCUCGAAGAUACCGACGAAGACGAAGACGAAUCCGCAAUCACCGAUGAGUCUGAGGAAGUUGCCGACGAACGACGCCCGCUGCUCAGGCGGCCUAAAGCCGAUCGCCGGAGAAGCUCUCGCCGCCUCAGUCGUGAGGGCGACGCCAGUACUGUCAAGACCUUCUUCACGCUCAUCAAAGCCUUUAUCGGCACAGGCAUCCUGUUUUUGCCAAAAGCCUUUCGCAACGGAGGCAUCCUCUUCUCAUCGCUUGCUCUUGUUUCUGUAUCGCUGAUCAAUUGUUUCUGUUUCCGUCUGCUGCUUGACUGUCGUCACAAGUACGGCGGUGGUUACGGAGAGCUUGGCGAAUCCAUUGUUGGCUCUCGGUUUCGAAGUCUCAUCCUUGCCUCAAUUGCCAUUUCUCAACUUGGUUUCGUCUGCUCAGGCCUCAUUUUCACAGCCGAAAAUCUCUUCUCUUUCCUUAAUGCCGUGACCAAAGACGCUGGCCACAUUGGAGUGGCAACUGUUAUUGCGCUGCAGUUUCUCCCUCUCAUUCCGCUGGCUUUGAUUCGGAACAUCUCCAAACUAGGGCCAGUCGCACUGGUGGCUGAUGCUUUUAUCCUCAUCGGGCUUAUAUACAUAUGGUAUUACGAUAUUGGCAGCCUGGCCAGGCACGGCAUGGACCCGAGUGUUAGGCUCUUCAACCCUUCGGAUUUUCCGCUCACUCUCGGCUCGGCCAUUUUUACCUUUGAAGGAAUCGGCUUAAUACUCCCGAUCCAGUCAAGCAUGAAGAAACCGCAUCACUUUAAGGGACUCCUGUACUUUGUCAUGUUCCUCAUCACCGCAAUCUUCACAUCGGUUGGAGCCCUCUGUUACGCUACAUUUGGCGAGAACACGAAGAUUCAGAUCAUCUCUAAUUUUCCCCAAGACUCUCCUGUCGUCAAUGCAGUUCAAUUGCUCUACUCGCUCGCGGUGCUAGCAGGUGAGCCUGUACAGCUGUUUCCUGCCGUGCGUAUCUUGGAGACAUCGAUAUUCGGCGAGCGAGCUACAGGGAAACGGAGCCUUGCAAUCAAGUGGAAGAAAAAUGGGCUUCGGACUUUGACUAUUGCUGUGUGUAUCGGCAUCGCUGUGGUUGGAGCAAGUGAUUUGGAUAAAUUUGUUGCCUUGAUUGGGGGAUUUGCGUGCGUUCCACUGGUUUACAUCUACCCAGCUUAUCUGCAUUACAAGGGUGUUGCUGAGACUACAUGGGAGAAAGGCCUGAAUAUUUUGACAAUGACGGUCGGAUUGAUCGCCAUGGUAUACACCAGCUCUGUAACAAUAGUGCAGUGGAUUCAGGGUUGAGGAUGAUACUAAAGGCUAGUCCAUAAAGGCUGUGAACCGGCAACGGUGAGGACAUGGUUGAAUUUUGAUCUAUGGCUCAUUUUUAAGGUAAGAGCGGCGUUGACGCUCGUUGUAUGUAUCUCGUUGUAGCAGCAUAGGAAGCGUCGAAUAAAACUAAGAGAGCGUGAUGUGGUGGAUUUAACGAAAUGUUUCGAGCAGUUACAAAUUCUACUGACUGAACGAUUUAGCGACGCAAAGCAAUACACGGACAAAUACUGGAAAGAUGUAGCAUGAUUGCGUAUCUCCUGAGCCCACGACAAUCAUGAGAUUCAUAAUAAGCUCUUAAUAGAAUCCUUC